UGAAGAAUGGAUAGAUCAAUUGGAGAGUAUUUUUCGUAUGGUUGUGUGCACUUCUAAUCAAAAGGUGCAGCUGGCAAUAUUCCUACUACAGAAGAGUGCUAAGAAAUGGUGGGAAACAUCAGGACCGAAGGAUGAUUCCUCUCUUACUUGGGAAGAUUUUAAAGCCAUAUUGUUCGAGAAUUAUUUUCCUACUGCACUGAGAGCAGAAAAGGAGGCUGAGUUUCAUGCAUUCCGUCAGGGUGAUUUAGAUGAGGAUGAAUUUAUUGAACAAUUCUCAGAAUUAUCUAAAUACUCUACUUACCUCCAGAAACAUGAAGACACGGAGUGGAUGGCUGAACGAUUACUAGAGAAGGCGAGGCCUGAUCUAAGGGAACAGUUAGCCCCUUUUGAGAUCAAGACAUUCAGUGAGAUGUGCAAUAAGCUUCGAAUAGUUUCUCGGAGGAAGAGAGAGGCUAGAUUAGAAGCUGAUAGAGAGAGGAGGAAAGAACCUCAUGGGAAGCCCCCUAUCCACACCCGACCCAUUGGUGGAGUAGAGAAGAGGAGCAGUCAAAUCUUUGGAGGUUUUAGAAAUCAGAAGAAGAAGGGCUACUAUCAUAAGGGCCAGAGCUACAGAGGGAAUCAGAGUGGAAGUCAAGGGUCCUAUAGGAGCCCAGCUACCUUUAAUCCUACUCCUAGUGCUGCUAGUAAUCAAGCAUGCAGUAAGUGUGGGAAGUUUCAUUCUGGUGAUUGUUGGGUUUGUUACAUCUGUCAGAAGCCUGGUCAUAUUGCUAGAUUCUGCUAUCAAAACCAAAAUAGGGGUAAUGAUCAGAGACCUACAGUACCAGCACGAGUGUAUGCCCUCUCUGGGCCAGAGGCUGCUAACAACCCUAAUGCUAUCCGAGGAGAAGAGCCACGAGUGACACGAACCCUUUUGGGUGAGAAUAUGGAGAUGGAUAUGGUGUCUUUAAAUCAUGGCCCUAGACGUGUGUCUUCAGUCUGGUCUGUUGGGGCCUUUGGACCUUCGUUGCAAGUUUUCCUCAGCACUUUGUCCAUGGAGGACGUCUGGACUCCACCCACUAAUAGCCAUGUUCGCCUUAAUGUCGAUAGUUUUGUCAAAGAUCAACAUCACGUUGCCUGUGGGGGAGUAAUCAGGAACAACAAAGGCGAGUGGGUAAUAGGUUUUCACAAAAACCUUGGCCCUUGUCAGAGUACAAAUGCUGAAAUAUUAGCCAUUAAAGUAGGGCUGGAGGUUUGCGACUAA